UCAGUCCUCCACAACAUGAGCGCGACACAGCAGCACUAAGCUAAAUGAAUAACUUUUUUACUUUUACGCACAAGUUAUUUAUCAACACGACAACAUUCCUUGUCGUUAACGCUCCUUUGUAUGUGUGUAUUUCACCAGGGUGUGCGUCUGAUUCGUGCUGUUUAUGUAGUUUAACUGGCAAAGUGUGAACCAAGAGCUAGUCGGAGAGUUACACAAAUGGCAGGGGCCGGUAUAUUUGGCAAGAUGGAGAAAUAAAAAACUGCUGUAAACACGUAUGUAGUGGUACACUAGCGUUGACCUGAUCCAGAUCCAUGCCCUGGUCCCAGGAAGAAGGGCCACGAUGGAGGACAGGCUGGGGGAUCUGCUGCACUGUGAGGAGCAGCUGAGGAGCACUCUGCACAACAACGACAAGGAGAAGCUUCGUCGAAAGUUGGCACUCUUACAAAAGGAAUACCUCCGAACAGCCCAGAGACUCAAGCGGGCAGAGCAAGUGGACUCGGUGCGCAAGCGUGUGAGGAGCCGGAUCACUCGGCGCAACAGCCAUGACCAAACCGAAGCAGACUCCAAACCACCACCCCCAUCUACAGCGGAGCAGGAAAGAACCAAGGAGUCUCACUCAGACAGGGGUCACACACAGCAGGCUUCUCCAGGUCUGGCCACUGCUGUCGAAAGGAGCCCUGUAAAACAUAACCAGACUGUUCACUUCUCCCUCGUAUCUGACACGGCCUACACCCCGACCUCCGACUCCAGCCAGGACUCGGCUCAGAUCCCCAAAAGCAGCCCCGCCCUCCGCCUCCGCUCCCGCCGCAGCCGCCUCCGCUGGGCAAAGAAGAGCGCCCAGUCAAACCCAGCAACCGCCAUCAGCCUCGACCAACCAGAGAAGUCCCAGGAUGGAGAGAGGAAACACUUCAAUGAUCCACCUGUUUUACAGGAAAGUGAAGAGCUGUUCUCAUCUGAAAAUGAGUCGUCCUCUCUGCUGCUACCACACUGGAACUUGCAAGGUCCCGUACAAAAACAAGAGACUGCAAACCAACAGCUAGUAAUUGAAAAGGGAAUAGAUACGGUUUUGAAUAGCGAAGAAAAGGCACCAAACUCCCAAAAAACAAACAACUGUUUUCUUUCCCAUUCACGUAAACAUCUUCUAACUUUGAAUGAUUGCGCAGAAGAUGCUAAGGAAGAAAAAGAAGAGACCAUGAAACAACAGUUAGCUCUAGACAAGGGAGCAAAUAUGGUCUCAAAUAGUGAAAAGAACUCAUCAACUUCUUUGCUGCUUGAAGCUAAAGAAGUUUCGCCACGCAAGGACUACAGUAACUUUAGUUUAGAAGUACUAGAUGUAUACAAAAAUGGAAAACACCAGGUAGAACAAUCCAAGGUUGAAAAAGAAGAGACUGCAAACCAGCAACUAAGUUCAGAAAAGGAGGCUGAUAUGGUCUCAAAUAGUGAAGAAAAUUUCUCAAACUCUGAUUUUUUUCUGUUUCAGUCUGAAUACAUUUCUCCAUAUAAAGACAACGAUACAAACCACUCAGAACUAGGAGAUGUUUAUAAGAAUGGAAACCAUCAGGCAGAAGACCAACAGGUAACUCUAGAAAAGAUGGUCAAUGCAGCCUCAAAUAGUGAAGAAAAAUCGUCAAACUUUGCAUCUUUGCAAAUGGAAACUAAAGUAUGUCCAUUUAAAGACAGUCAUAAAAUGUAUUCAAAGUUGGACGACGUUCUUGAGAAAGGAAAUCAACAGCAAAUACAGAGGAGCACAAGUCCUUCAAACACUACUGAGGUCAAAGUGGGGAAGACCCAACCAGAACUCAGUGGCCAGAGACUCGUAGAUUCUUGCACUCUCAUCGAUGGACUGCUUUUCCCGGCGGAGUACUACGUCAGAACCACCCGGCGCAUGUCUGUGUCGCAGAGCCAGCCCGAUAUGAAUGCCGUCAUUUUGUCCCAUCUCCAUAAGGGCAGGCAGAGGAGGGGCAGGGGUAGAAGGCUGAAUCUGACAGUUUCAGAAGAUCGGUCCGUUCUGGAAGCUACUAAAGAUGUUUCUGGGAGUAACAGUCCCAGCUCUUCUGAGUUCUCUCUGAGCUUAGAUGGAGCUUCAGUUUCAGCAACUCCGAGCAGAGGAAGGCGAGGGAGAAGAGGAAGAAGAGGUAGGGGUAGAGGUCGAGGAAGACAUCAAGAAGAUGUGAAAGAAAUAGUAAAUAAAACACAGGCGAAGGACUUCUUUGUAGCGUUGUCCACUCCUAAGUGUGAACUCAUGUGUAAAGAUCCAGAGUCAGAGGAGGUCCAACCUAAAGACGCAUGUGGUGUAGUUAAUGAAGCUACAGUACUAGAAGACGCACAGACUCUGAAUGUACAGGAGAAUGACCCUAUAGUUCUCCCAACCCACCAAAGCCAGACGAAUGAUGUACAGGAAAAGGCUGCUCCAGAAGAGUGGCCCUCCCUCCUCCUGCCCUCCUCUCCCCAGACCGACCUCCCCUCUCUCUCCCCUCUCCCUCCAUCCUCUCUCUUCCAAACCCUGCUCCGCUCCGACAUCCAGCUUCCACUCGACUUCCACCUCCCAGACGACGAAUUCGGCUCCCUGAAGCUCCUCAAACUUCAACAAAUCGUUUCUGGAGUGGAACGACUCGAAUCCGCAUCCGGCAAGACCGCAACCGCUACCAACCACUGCGCACACUCACCUCCGCUUAGUCCUGCGCCUCCCUCCCCCACACCUGAGGCAGAGCUUGCUUCACCGAAUGGCAAAGCAAACAAAAUAGACGAUAACAUUGAAGUUUUAAACCAGGAAAAGCAGAUUGGAUGUUCUGAUUCAACGAUUUUAAAUGCAAUGUCUUCAGAACCAGAAUGUAAAAAUGUGACUUCAAAUAUAUAUUUAAAACAUCAAAAUUCAGAGCAGCAAAUUGACAGCCAAGAUCAGAUUUCCACUCUAAAUAGUACAACACUUGAGAAGGAAGGCACGGUAAAAGAUAUAACAUCUUUUCCUGAAAACCAAACACAAAAUGGGACUGAUGCUGCAAAGCCCAAAUCUUCAGGUAAUGCUGAUUCUCAGUGUUUGAAUUUAGAAAUUAACAUCUUGAAAAAUGACAGUCAUGUUCAUGAAUUAGAGAGUGAUCAGGAUAUUCCACCAAACAAUAAUUCACCUCAGACUUUUAAAAAUAUUCGAACAAAAACUGACAAAUUCGAAUGUGAAAAUUUGGCAGACCGCCGCGUCCCCUCACAGCUGCUCCUGAGCCCCUCCCUCUGCUCGGCGUCCUGCCCCCUCGCCCUGCCCCUGGUCGGUUUUACCCCCCGGCAGGAGAGGCCCGAGCUGGGCGUGGCGUCUCCGCUCUCGCCCCCUCUCCUCACCCCUCCUCCGCAUCACAGCCCCAGCUCCGAGGCCCUGUCUCCCCCCGCCCUCUCGCCAUGCCCCUCCCUCAGACCUCUGCCCCCCAGCCUGCCCCCCACUCCGUCCGCUCACCCAAGCCACGGUCAAUGUGAGGGCCCGGAGCCACAGGAGCCCAGACUGACGGGACCAGCCCUGAAUCAGCAGAAGGCAGGUGUCCCGAGACAUGAAGAGGAAGCUCCAGACGACACGUGCACUUUAAAUGCAGGGUCCCGAGGCAGCCUGGUGGACAUGUGCUGUGUCUCCUCCUCCUCCGGCUCUGUGAGUGUGGCUACAGCCAGGAAGUGGAGCGUGAGUGUGUGGAGACAGGGACAGACCAGUGACUGGACACUCGCCCACACAUGGAGCUUUCAGGAGCCUGUACUCUGUGUGUUUCCAUUCCCAGACACCCCAGACCACUUCUGUUUGACACUGGGCCAACUGGAAAUCACACAAGUCAGGGUGCUGUCCUGUUCCACUCUGGUCCAAAGUGUGCUGUGUUCCCGGGCUGCUCACAUGGCCAUCUCUGCUCCUAAGUCUAGAGUGGUGUGCUGCUGUCACAGCUCAGCCUCCUCCAGUCUGCAGGUCUACACUCUGUCUGACAGAAGCCCUCCACAGGCCCGGGCCCUGGUGGCUCCUGGGGCCCUCCUCAGCUCUGUGGCUCCUGUAAAGGGACUCCCAGAUGCUCUGAUUGGGAUGGACCAGUCUGGCUCCCUCUUCAUCUGGAACAUGGAGACAGGGCAUCUGCUGAAGAAGCUCACACUGGGACAUGGGCUCGCACACUCAGCCUGCCUCAGAGGAUACUCCACUCAUGGGGUGCUCUUUGUCCUGCUGCAGCACCACUUCCCGGGGCCCCUGAAGGAGCUGGAUGGAGAUCAGGAGAUAGAGGUGGAGGAAGAGGAGUCUGUGUUUUCUCUGGUGGCUGCUAACCCAAAAAAUGGAAAGUCAGUGGUGGCUACUGCCUUGUGUCCACCAAACCAGUGGAGUGGCAGGCUGACUGUGACAGAUGUAUCGGGCUCCUGUGUCCUGGGCCUCAGUCAGAAAGGCAGUGUGUGUGUGUGGGACCUGGAGCACCCAAGGGACCCGCGGCCAGUGUGUGCUGCCCCGAGGAGACAGGGCUGGCAGCUGGCCCGGUGGGGGUCCCCGGGCAUCCUGCUGACCGCUCUGCGCACCGGAGAAGUGACGCUGCACCGUUAUACUCAAGGGAAUACCACUGUCAUCACAACACUGAAGCAUCCGGAGUAAAAACGUGUUCAGGGAUUCAAAACUGUUUAAAGAAAUUGCCUUGGAAGACGCGUAUUCAAACUGUGUCUCACCUGCGUGUGUCCAUGGAGAUGGAUAACGAAAAGUUCCAUAGUUUCCCUUUAAAUAUCUUGCUUUUGGAGAUGUGUUUGCUAAGCAUGUUCUGCUGACUGUUUGACACUGUGCUUUUGAAGAGAU